UUACAUGAAAGUAAAGUUAUAAUACCGGCCGACAAUUUAAUGUAGUCUAUUUAUAUCACGUACUCCUCGAAACAGAGACGUGAACAUAUAAUUCAUUUAGUUUUUAAUAGUGCACGUUACAUAAUUUUAGUCCCAAAAUGACAAAUCUGAAAGUCUUAAUCGGCGGGGGCACUGGCUUCAUAGGUAGGCGUUUGGGUGAUCUCAUUUCAAAACAUGGAUAUGAUGUGACGAACGUUUCUCGAAUGCCGGGCAGAAACAACCUAUGCUGGUCGGAUAUAGCGAUGAGAGGUUUGCCCGACAACACGCAUGCUGUGGUCAAUCUUGCGGGGCAACAGUUUAUGGACUUCACCAAGGCCUGGACGCCUGGGUUUAAACAAAAUGUCCAGAAUUCUCGAGUUUUCACUACCAAAUCAUUAGUAGAAGCCAUAAACAAGGUAGAAGUUAAACCUAAGGUAUUGGUUGUGGUCACUGGAGUUGGUGCAUAUGAGCCUUCAGAGUAUAACAAGUAUGAUGAAAGUAGUGCUGUCACUGGCUCAGACUUCUUCUCCAGAUUAACUAUUGAAUGGGAGGGAGCAGCCAGUAAAGUAGACCCAUCAGUUAGACUUGUUAUAAUAAGAUCUGGUGUAGUAAUUGGCCGAGAAGGUGGAAUGAUAAAGAACAUGAUCCUGCCAUUCUUCCUUGGACUAGGUGGGCGUAUUGGCUCAGGCAAGCAAUUCCUGCCUUGGAUACAUGUGGAUGAUCUUACAGGAAUCAUCAAAUUCGCGAUAGAAAAUGAAAAAGUUGAUGGAAUACUAAAUGGUGUAUCUCCUCACAUUAUAACUAAUCGGGAUUUUACAGCGUCUUUUGCCAAAGCUCUCAAACGACCAGCUUUCUUUCCUGUGCCAGAAAAAAUUCUAAAUGUUCUACUCAACCCUGAGAGAGCCAUGCUACUGACCAAAGGACAACACGUUACGCCUAAAAAAGUCAUUGAACUCGGAUAUUCGUACAAAUACCUCAACUUAGAUGACGCAUGCAAGGACGUCGCGCAUCUGUUUCCAAAGAAAACAGCAAAUUGAGGAAACUUGCUCUUGAACUCUCAAUAGACCAGCGCACUGUCUAUUGCCAGGAAUUAUAUGUCCAGUUAAACCCUAAAAAACUAUGAUGCUGACCAAGGGACAAUACUCAGGAUCUACUAUGAGUAUACAUAAUUAAAGGAAUGAAAGUACGGAUACUCGUAAAAAUACAGUAACACCAACAUCUACACUAUCUACAAUUUACAAGUAAGAAUGUCACGUCACUAUUUCAGGCAAAGAUGUAUGUAAUGAUAUGAUGUAAAUAACAAUCUAAAAAGUACCUGUUCAGUUGUUAUUUAAUAGCGAUAUCAAGUACCUAACUAACCUCGUAGUCUUACAGGCGUAUUCUAAUUUUAAUUAUAGGAUAUGAAUUUGAUCGGGAUCGGAUCUGUCAGUGUCAAAACUGUCAAAAGUGACGUUUUUCGUUGAAGAAAUGGAGGACUUCCGGUUCGAACGCCAUCUUAAUAGUAGCCUCGUGAUUAAUUCCUUUGUUUUUUGCUCAUUAAUAUUGUUUAAAGUGUAAUAUCGAUAGCUUUAUUAUACAGUAAUCUAAUUUGGUAGUGUACAGUGAAUGGAGAAUUAAUCUCAAAGCGUGUUUAACCACCAUUUUGGAGUCAACGGCCGGUAGUCCACGUGCUUCUCGUAAAAUCCAGCUAUCGGUUUUUUUUUUAAUAUAUAAACUGAUCGGCGAUUGGCCCUAGUCACACCUGAUGGAAAGUGAAGACAGGGCCUAAGAUGGAGCUCACCGGUUCAGUAACAGCCUAUUCACUCUUGUUUUACGAGACAACAACAAUAACUACCGAGCAACGUCGUGCUCUAAGAGCAUUUGGUAUUUCUACCUCUAACCAUGUCUGGCUAGAGCCCUAGAAGCCCAUAAUUUUAUUUACCGUACACUGGCUGAAGAAAAUCAAGAAAUAUUAAUUCGAUCCCGGGUACACUACAUAAUUCGGAAAAAAAUAUUCCAAAUUUUAAAAUGUCGAAUUUUAUUACCGACUGUCGUAAUUACGAAUGAUGAAAAUCACGAAGAUUUAUAUUUCCGAAAACCCGAAAACCCGAAUUUUGUAAAUUCCGAACUACAUAAUUCCGAUUAUAGCAAUUCCGACAGUGACAAACCCCGAAUUUAACAUUUACGAUUUUUAAAACACGAAUUCUGAAUUGCCCUUACUCCGAAUUUUAUAACUCCGAAUUGACGUGAUUCCUAUUUUAAAUAUUCCAACUUUAAAAUUUCCGAUUAACGAUAUUCCGAAUAUAUUAUUAAAGUUCGUUUUCUUGGGGGGUCGCAGUUCUAACCUAACCUAACCUAACCCACUUUUCUGCCAGAAAAGUUCGUUUCCACGUUCCACGUUCGUUCGGUCCCAGUUCUAACCUAACCCACUUCUGGCAACUGUUCGUUUUCUUGGGGGUCGCAGUUCUAACCUAACCCAUUUUUCUGGCAACAGUUCGUUUUCUUGGAGGUCGCAGUUCUAACCUAACGUAACCCACUUUUCUGGUUCGUUAUCUUGAGGGUCGCAGUUCUACCGAAUUUAUUUAUGCCAAAUUAUUAUGCCAAAAAUAUUUUAUGCCGAAUUUAACGUGAUGCGGCACGACAGGCACCCGUAAUAAUUACUAAAACUGACCAUACAAAAACCGAAUUUCUGAAUACCGAAUUACUAAAACGUGCGUCUUCAUUUGAAUAUCACGAAUUUCAUUUUUCCGACCUUACAAAAGACGGAUUUCUGAAUACCGAAUUAUUAUAUUUCCGAUCGGACAAUGAUUUUUCGGAAUUUAAGAUACCGGAAAAGUGUAAAAUCGGAACUUUAAGCUUUCGUCGAAUUUAAACUGUUGUGAGACAUACUAUCAUAUAAUCAUUUAAUCAAUCAUUUAAGCUUUCGGUCAAAUGACAAUCGAAUUUUUAGUUUUCGGAAAUAGCGCAUUCGUGAUUUUAUUCCAUCGUGUUUUUAAAAAUCGUAAUUUUGAUAUUUCGGAAUUAUAAAAAAAUCGGGAUUAUGAAAAUCGUGGUUAUAAAAAUCGGAAAAACAUGUUUCGGAAUAUUUGGUUGUUCCCUUCGAUCCCACGUGGAUCCCACUUUGACGUUGGCGAAAUCAUCGACAGUAUCGAUGGAGCCAUACUACUUAAAGAUUGAAUUGAAUUGACUUUUGACAUUGACAAAUCCGAUCCACAUCUAAUCCAGAUCGAAUUCAUAUCCUAUAAUUAAAAUUCGAAUACGCCUGUUAGAAUGUAAAGUCUAUUUCAAAGGAAUUAAUUUUUUUAUGGUCAUAAACUAGAUUCAAACUCAUCUAGCAAAGAUUUUGUACAGUGGUCUUUAAGACCCUUACGAGGUUUGUGUUUACUAUCCAUCAUUUGUUUCUUAACAAGUAAUCUCAUCUAGAACCCCAUUUAUAAUGCCAUCAUAACAACAUUAAAAACUUUUAGACAAUACCCACCAGUAGGUACGGUUAAUGUAUUAAAUAUUGGCACGGACAAAGUGACAGAAAUAUGUAUAAAGUCACAGAAGUAAACAUGUGUAGUGUGUACAUAUUUUUGGUUCUUUGUUCGUAUUGAAAGUAGUUUUAAUUAAUACCUUGACUGUAUAAACGAAAACAUUUUGACUAAGUAGAUUAGUUUGUUAUAGAAUUUAAAUAAUGUUGUUUUAUGUGCAAUAUUUACAAUAUACCACAUUUAUAAUUGGGUCUAUCGCAGAUUUAUUUCGUUACCUUUAUUUACCAACGUUUCGACACAGGUUUCACUGUAGGUUUCAGUUUUAAUAUGUGUUCAAAGCGCGAAGGUUUUAAAUGUUAUAAUAUUUACAAUACUUUAGUGAUGAAAUAAAACUAUGAAAACGGAUUAUAUCGCGUAUAUUAACCACCCACCCGUUGACCACGA